ACAGCAUCUUACUGCCAGGAGAAGGAAGCAGUCCAGGAGAGAGACACACACUUCUCCCCACACACACACACUCACACAGACACACACAGACUCACACUCCGCUCCGGAGGAUCUAAGCAGCUGUUUCCAGGAGCGCCUCCUGCAGCCUGGGCAGGUUUUUGGAUGUUUGGACUUGAUGUGCCUUCACAUGGAGGAAUCUGGAGUGUCUGGUGUUUCAUGUUUCGUUCUCUAACCUGUAGCAGCAGUGCAGGACUCGGGACUCGGGACUUGGACUUGGACUUGCUUUGGCGUUGAAACCGUGACUCUGGAUUCUGGAGCAGAAAACUCCCCUUAAAGGCGAUUUCUUCCUCGUCUGUUCCUCGUAGGAUCAUGCUGUGCACCUGCUGUCUGUAGAAUGACUGCUGUCAACAGUUUGGAGUGUGUGUGAGAGCCAGCGAGUGUCUCUUUCUGUUUGUGUGUGUUGUGUGGUGCGUGUGGAUGUGUGUGCAUCAGGAUGAGCGUUCCCAUGUUAAAGAUUGGCGCGGUGCUCAGCACCAUGGCGAUGGUUACUAACUGGAUGUCCCAGACUUUGCCGUCGCUGGUCGGACUCAAUGGAACCAUUGUCUCUCCGGAUGGCACACAUGAGCGGAUCGUCAGCGUACGUACUCUCCAAACACACUCACACACCUUUUGAGUUUUUAUAUCUGCAGGAACCAAAAGAGCAGAAGUUUCCUGUGUUUGCUCAGCCACCGCUCUUUGUGCAGUUCAUGUAAUCACAUCAGCUCUCCUGACUGUGACUAAUCAGAGAGAAAUUGCUUCUUUUGAAUGGUGGCAGAAAAACUCUAAUAGGAUCCAGAUGAAGGAGAAAGAGAGUGAAACCCAGGAAUCCUCACAUUCAGGAAAAUGCAGAAGAUAUUUGAUCAGCUCAUUGAUGCAGAAAAUAGACGAGAGGAGAAGAAGAAAAGAUUAGUGGAGAAGGACAGAAGAGGGCUCAGGGAAACGGAUCUGGAGGAAUAUUUAAAAAUAGAGCGCAGCAGGAGGAAUUAAUGAACACGUAUAUUAACAUUUUCUGUCCGUAUGAGUCAGAGAACACGUGCAACACACAAGUAACGCACACAUCCAGGUUUAUGUACACUGAGGGUUAAUGGGAUUGCCCCCUCCAUGACUUCCCGGGGUGACAUUUCCUCAGGGGAUGACUGACUCACCUCUGGGACUGCCAGCAAUUUGUUGCCUUAGCAACACAUUGGAUACCCCUGUUACAUGCACAUACACGGGGCCAGUGCGCACACACGGAUUUCCAAACUCUGUGUUUGCCAGUGUGUGUGUGUGUGUGUGUGUGUGUGUGUGUGUGUGUGAGUUUGUGCGUGCUUUGGGCUUUGCAUGAUUUAGCUCUCUGGCUUGAGAGGCACCUCACAGCUGCUGUGUGGCUGUACUUUGCAAGUUCAGCAAAGUGCACACAGUCUGAUGCAAGCAGACGCCUACACGCAACCAAACACACACUCACACACACACACACACACACACACACACACACUCGCACACACACGGACGAGAGCUGGCGGGGAACAGAUGGAGAUGUGAGUGGUGCAGUAUUGCUCCGUCUUGCUCCUUUCUGAGGAUGACAGACAGACGGGGUCUUAAAUCUCGCUCUGUUGUGUUGCCCUGGAUCAGCUGAAUGUAAUUGUGAGUUAGAUCAGCAGUUCUCGCCUCGUCCGUCUGAUGUUGGUUUCCUGCUCUGUCAGAGGGGUUCAGGUCCUCCUCUCUGUUUUUGGUUGUUGGUCUGUCUUAUAAAAACGUUUUCUACCUUAAACAUUUUGAACAUUCAGAUCUUCUUCUGCAGUGACAUUAUUCUUUCGCUCUAGCUUUGUGUCGACAAAGGUCUGAUUCAGUGGUUUUGCUUCACUAUCUCUACCUCUGUGACCGUGAAUCCUGCUCUGGACAAACAUUAUCUCCCUCUUAAGUGCUCCGUCUUCCAUGACCCUUAAAUCUCCGUUACAGAAUCAUCAAUCACCUUCAGUUUGAACAGGAUCAAUCACCUUUGGCUCUCUUCCUCUCUAACAUCCUUUACCCUUACUUCUCUGUUUUAGCAUUAUCCAUCACCUCUAAUGAUCUAGAUGCAUAUCUAGAUCACUCUUCUCUAACUUAAGUCAGUUUCAGUGUUAGCCAUGACCUCAGGUUCUUUGUGACAACAUUAUCUGUUCUUCUUAGAGCUCCUUUUGAAACAUUAUCCCAUUUUCUCUGUUGAACACUUCCCUGUACAUCAUCUCUUUAUACAUUAUCCCUAACUCUAUGUCCCUAAGUCUCUUCUUGUACAGUAACAUCCUUGACCCGUCUGUGUUUCAGCAUUAUCCAUCACCUUUAGCUCAUAUCUAGAGCACUCUUCUUGAACUUGAGUCAGUUUCAGUUCAUGCCAUGAUCUCAAUUUUUUCAUGACAACAUUAUCUCCCUCUUGAGCGCUCCGUCUUCCAUGACCCUUAAAUCUCCAUUACAGCAUCAUCAAUCACCUUCAGUUUGAACAGGAUCAAUCACCUUUGGCUCUCUUCCUCUGUAACAUCCUUUACCCUUAUUUCUCUGUUUUAGUAUUAUCCAUCACCUUUAGCUUUUCACAUUAUCUGUUCUUCUGAGAGCUCCUUUUCUAACAUUAUCCGCUGAUAAAAUUCCUCUGCUUUAGCAUGAACUGCUCUCUGUUUGAACACUUCCCUGUACAUCAUCUCUUUAUACAUUAUCCCUAACUCUAUAUCCUUUUUUAACAUCAUUUUUGACCUUUUGUAGCACACUUGCUGAACAUCGAUUCUAAUCUCUCUGUAAUAAUAAUAAUACUUCUCUGUAUUACUGUUAUCCAUUACAUUGAGCUCUGUUUCAACAUUAUCAGUUAAGUUCUGUAUUUUUCAGUUUUAUCCAUCACCUCACAUUCUCUGCUUCUACAUUAUCCAAUACCUCCAACUUUUAGUUAUCUAUUGAUUUUGCCUCAUUAACAUUGUCCAGUAUCCAAACUGCCUUAAGAUCAUUAAAUUAUUGAUCAUUUUGAUUUUAAGCUGUCACGUUCAGCUAACUGCCGCGACUUUCUCAUGUUCAGGUGAUAAAGCUGCUUCAGUUUUUGUCGGACUGCUCUGUAAUAUUUCCAUUAGGGCUGCACGAUAAAUCAAUUUCUAAAUCAUAAUCGAAUUAAUUGAUUUUGACGAUGUUAAAAAAUUAAAAUCCUCAAAUCGAUUUUCCUCUUUAUCAUGUCUCACGCCUCCAGGUCACCGUAGGCUCCUCCCCCGUCCUGCGGGAGCGCUCCCCAGUUCCCACCCACAUGUGUGUAAAUAAACAUGGCGUUUGCAAAAGAAGGCAAUAAUUGAUGAUAGUGAUUGAUAAUAGAUGAAGAGUAAACCACUCCCCGCUGUAAAGUCUGUCUGAAGGCGGUAUCAACCCGUCACCACGGAAACGAAUUCAGGAGGAAACGCUAAAGUUUUUUGUCGUAUCGGUGUUUCAGGUGACUGUAAACGGUACUUUUUGAAAACGGGUCAGAGAGUGAAUAAAUCUGUAAACGACGACCAUUUCAUCUCCGUGUGGAUGUCUAUCUGCAUCUCUGGAAACGAUCAUGUGACACACAGAGUAACUCUUUUAUGGCGCCAAAACAACCUUUAAACACAUGCUCUGUACUCUUCUUCUGUCUUUGGUGCAUUUCCUGUGCAGCGUUACAGCGCCACUUACUGGCUUGGCGUAUGAACUACAUCGUUUUCAAAGGUUUCGUCCUCCAGCACCCCUAAAACCGCCCCCCCUUGGGUUUGAACCCGUCUGCUGGAGGACAGUUUUUAGUCUCUAAAAUUAGCUCUAACUUUUAUUGAAGCUAAUUUUGUCUCUCUCUCUUUGACUCUGUCUGUUCAGCGCCGUUAUCGCUCAGUUCUCUGUAUACAUAUAUAUUUACACUGAUCACAAUCUGCUUAUCUGCUCGGCUUGAUUUUUAUCAUCUCCUCCUUGUGUGAAACGAGCCCUCGGGUGCUGUACGUCCUCCUCUGUUUCAUUACACGCAGCAUUCGACCCAAACUAUGCUUAUAUUCUCAUCCCGUCCACGUCUUCCCGUUUAAACCCUUUUACCCCCGUCACCUUCAUUGUCAACACGACGUCAAGGUUAACACACCAAACGCAGCUGAUUGAUUUACCAAAUGUUCCCCUUCAGGCCUCCUCUGUCCUCCUCGGUUGUUUUUGUCCGGGGUUUGUAGGGCAGCCUCUCAGGGAGAUUAUUGUGACAGGCUGGUGUGCAAGCUCGAAGCCAUUCCUUUGUGUUAUUCCAAAAUGUUCAAAGUAAGUAGGUCAAACAGAAGACCUGCUUAAAUCUCACCAGGAUGAGCUCACAUGUGCUCUCCUCUAAUGUGUUGUGUCUCGUGGUCAGACGUCUGGACCUCAGGGAACAAAAUGUGUCACCUCAGCACUCCAUAACGAGGUCCAGAAUAGCUCUGAGAAUUUUAAAACAGGAGUGCAUGUCAUUAUAUAACAACAAGGUGUUUCUUUAGAUCUAUUUAUGAAUGCGAGGGUCAUGGCAGCUUUGAAAACGAGCUCGUUAUGAAGAAUCCACACUUUCUCUGUUCUGCCAAAGAGCUUAAAAACAACUGAAACAACAAGACACGUCUGAACACCUACGACUGCAGUGUCUGUACCACUACAGGUUCAAUAUCGAGGUAUUUUGACUUACAGAGCUGUCUGUCCGUCUGUCUGAAAGUACGAGAUCUGCAUUCAUUCAUGGAGCUUCUUUUAUUGGGAUUUUAAGCAACGACCCUUUAGAGGCGAGGCAGUAAAGCUACAGUCAUUGAUUAACACACAACAUCGAUAUAAUCACCGUUCAGGUAAUUAGGCUGAACUUGUUAGUUUAGUUAACAGCUGCUGAUGUACAAAUAAGAAGAAGACACACACUAACACUGGUUAUUGAGAGAAGUUCUUUUUAUGUUACAAGCCAGGAUAGAACAUACCCGACAUACGUACCAUGAAAUGGACCCGAAUUACUUCAGCCUGGCUGGGCCAUCCAGUUCCGUGAAUCACUUGCCGUUCCUCCCAACAACAGUCUGGAGCCCUAAAAGUGGGCGGGAGUACUUUACUUGAUAGACAGACUACUGUAACCAAUCACCCUAACCAAACAUCUGACGUCAUCACAGUGAGCAACUGUGUUCCCUGCUGGGCUCUCAAGCAUCAAGUAAAGGUUUGGUAAUAUUUCAACGUGUGCGAGCAAACAACGUCUUUUACGUCUUCUUCUGCGGAUAUAAACGAUUUCUGCCAAAUUUGCAGAGUCAGCUGCAGAAUUAACGGCGUUCUGAAUGAACGGCGCGUUGAAAAGUCCUGCAGCAUGUGUUAGAUGUCACCACUACACAUGGACCAAUCAGGGGCUGUGUUUCCCUGUUGUCAGGGGAACAGUGGAAACACAGUCAGUGAUUGGCCCGGUUAUUUUCUGAUUUCUAAUACACACUCCCAAUUGGCCGAAGUCCAGACUGUUGUGGGAAGGAACAGCAAGUGAUUCACACAACUGGAUGGCCCAGCCAGGCUAAAAUUACCUGUAGCAUGUAGACUGGUAGACGGUAGAGUUGUUCCGAUUCCGAUACCAGUAUCGGAAAUUGCUCCAAUACUGCCGAAAAUGCUGGCAUCAUUAUCGGCAUCGUUAUCACUGGGUACGAAAAAGAAAAUCUGUUAUUAAAGUCUCAUCAUUUACACGUUAGUCCAAUAACAGGGAGAUGUAAACUUGUUUAAAUGAUCAGUUCUCUUAUUUUAUCCCAUCUCAGUGUCGACCUCUGCCUCAGUGAGACUUUUGACUCUGUUUUUAUCCCUUGAUUAUCAAAAAGUAUCUCCAUUAUAAUACAUUUAUUAUAACGUGCUGUAACUGAGACCUGAGGGUGCUACAUUUUAAUUAAAUUUAUAAUUAUUUGUACUGUUUAACAGUCUGAAAACAGGAACAACCUAGCAGACAAAGUGAGUGUGAACGUAUUGGAUGGUGGAAAACGUUUUCUGUCUUUGGUCGUUUAUGCAGCGCCUUCCCCGCUCCAUCGAACUGAUCUGAAUAUAGUCCAAUCACCAUACAGGUGCAACGCCGUAAUUGCAGUAUAUGCAGUAAAAUGACAAAUUCGUCAUGUGUGUCGUUGUAUAAGAGCAGCAUCAGACUCUGACAAGCGCCUGAGGCAGUAUGUAAAUCAAGCUGAAGCAGCCACCUCAUGGUUUAAUACGCAGGAUUAAACUCUCUGUACCUAUUAUACUGAAUGAUGGGACUUUGAUUGGAGGAAUGGCGUCUGUGUUUGGUAUUGAUCUGGCAAGACAGCUUAUCACCUUGAUAAGUGAUCUGAUGCUUCACUGUUGUGAGAUCUCAGAAACAACAUCCGACAUACUGAUGAAUAACUCAUGACCUGCAGGGCUGAGCAAUUUGAUCGAUUCUGGGAUAUAAAUCGAUGUUUGUUUUUUCCCAGAGUAUCGAUUUUUCAGAUGUGAGUAUCGAUACAUUAACUCUAAUUAAAAUCCCACUAGUUAUGCCCGGUUAGCUCUCCGCUAGCUGCCCCACCUCACCCUGUUCGCUGUGAUGGAAGAGCGUUUAGGUCAGCCAGGCGCUGGAGUUGCUGUAGAGCAUUUCUAGCAAGUAUCCCGUCUAGAUACUGUCUUUACACAGAAGAAGUCGGGGCGAGGAGAUUCAAGAAAAUGGCGGGGAAUAUAACUCCAGCACUGUCAUGCUUAAACGUAAGGAUGCACCGAAAAUUCGGCCAUCAAAAAUAUUCUGCUGAAAAUGGCCCAAAAGUGCAUCUUCAAUAUUCGGCAGAAACACUUUUGUCACCGAAUGUUGUGACGACGCAAGCAAAAAAAACACAACCAGCACAUGCUUGUCUGGAUAAGAGCUGACAUAUCUGCCGUGUGGACGUAUUUCAGUGUAUCUGAGAACUACGGAUAGCGAUCAGCAAAACGUGUAAUGCUAACAUUCAGGGUGCAUCUGCAAAGAGUUUCUAAUUCUUCAUCUGAAAUCCAAACAUCCUGAUCGCCAUUCUGAAUAUAAGAACGCUGCAAGUUAAUGUUAAUUUAGUAUUUAACAAAAAUAUGAAUUUAUACAAUUGUGAUGCUUUGAUUUUAGUCAUAGCCAUAAAUGCAAUGGUUCCAAUAUUUGGCAUAUUCAUUUCUCUCGGUUUUCAGUCAUGGUUUCCUCAUUUCGGUUUCGGCAUUCCUUCUUCAAAGCAGAUGUGUGGGAACAUUUGGGUUUUAAAAGGAAGAAGGAAAGCGUCGAUUUAGAUCAAAGUUUGGUGGUUUGCAAUCUGUGUCACACAAGAGUGAAAUAUUCUGGAAAUACAACCAACCUACGAGCGCACCUAAAACGUCACCACCCGGACAAGGUAACGCACGUUUGCUGAAUAUCUUGAUAAAUAAAAUAAAUAUCGUUUUGUGAAAUUGGUUUAUCACUGCAGAUCUAAUGACCUGUUGACUUUAUCUCUCUGUUUGUAAACUUAAUCCCUCUCUGGCUGCUGCUCUGAUUGAACAUAAAACUCUCUUGUUGUAUUCUUGUACAGUUUAAUUUGUUGGAACCAAAGUGGAUUAAAUGUGAAUUAAAUUUGUGGUGUAAUGAGAGUAGAAGCAGACUCAUGCACUCGCAGACUGUGAGUUAGUAAGAAAUCCGUUGGGGAGCCGGUGACUUUUUUUUUGCCAGAGAGAACAGCAGCUCUGGAUGUAGACCCGGGGAUGGAACCUCUCCAGUCCUGCUGAAAGCGUUCCUGGACUCAGACGUGUGGGAGAUGUCACAGCUGAUUUAAACUACGACUGAAAAACGUCUAAUUUAGUUACAGAUGUCUGUGGUGAGGAGCGGAGCGAGCGUGCACUUACCUUCUGACAAACCUGGAUGGACACUUAAAUUACAAUAUUUGUCUGGUACAGAGCUGCAGAGAGCCUGCUGAGAUUUAGCAGCAGGGUGGAAAUAGACAAAAACAUUGUUAAAAGAGAAAUGCUUGUCCUCCCGCCUAAAUACAGCCUGACCUGGAUAGCAUGCUGAGAUGCAGCGGAAAUGUGUGAUGUGUUGGAUGUACGAAACAAACUGUUUCAACUGGAUGACUCAUUAGUUUCCUUUGAAAAAAAAAACACCUUGCAAGAAACAGUCGCACCAAAAAUACUCAAAACAGCAUCAGGAAUGAAAAAUAGAUCAAAACAAUUCAAAGAGACGGUUAAAUUUAACUCCAGGUGUGGCAUAAAAGCGCCUUUUUAAAUCGUGUCUAUUGUCAUGUCACUCUCGUAUCAAAGUACCGACUCUGAAGCAAAGAUCGCUGCUCUCCUAUACGCUGUAAUCCUCCACCUGUGCUCCGAGCCCUUUUAUUACUCUAUAUGUGCUGCAGGGUUGAUAUGCAGCCUGAAGGGAAGCAGCUCCUGGGGUGGAGGGGUGGAGGGGGUGAUUCAUGGCAAGUUAUUCCAGAGGCCCCCGGUGCCUGUGAAGCUCGUGUUGUUUGCACAUGAUAUAGGGGAACAAACGGUGAAUCUGAGCGUACGGUCGGUCUUAUCUGGUUCACAAUCAGGAAUAAACCGGGACAUGAGGACCUGGAUGAGGAAAUUACAACCAGAGGCUUCAUGUCCACGGGAAGCUGAAAGAACCUUUUUUUUUUUCCCACUCCAAGCUUCAGGUGGGCACCCUCCUUCAUUCAGGGUUGGGGUCCUUUUUCUUCUUCUGCUUUGCUCAGCGGUCUCUGAUAGAAACUCGAUGACUUGUCAGAAGGCCCGUCCUCACACUCCCGUUCCCUUUCAAAGUUUGGUUGUGGACGCGGUAGGGUUGUAACGAUAUAAAAAUUUCACAUCACGAUUAUUGUGACCAAAAUUAUAUCACAGUUUUUAAUAUUAUCACGGUAUUGUUGAAAUAUGUUCAAAAUGUAAGAAUCUUUAGUGUUUGAAAAGAUCGACUCUAACAAAUAUAAAACAGAACAACACGACUAUAUAGAACAAAAACAACCACAUGUAAACAAAGGUGAAGUUCAGGUGUUUAAAAUAACAUCAAAUAUGUAAACUAAUCAGAUGAACCGAUUGUCUAUUUUCUUCUGCUGCUGACUUUGUUCACUACUUGAGAUUGAAAUGUAAAAAUGUCAGCAGAUUUACUUGGUCUUGAGUCGUGAUCUGCGAGGAGAAACGAUGUUCCCGCUGACACUGAAUAGCCUCUCGGACGGCGAGCUGGUUGCUGGGAUGCAGAUGCAGAACUGCCUGCAAAACUGACCUCCGCCAUGUUUACAAGUUGCGGGAAUAAUCCCCGGUUUUAACGGUAAUUAAAAUUUGAAACGCAUUAGAAACAUAUUGACCACCCCUACAGGGUUGUGUCUCCAAGUGUAGCUGCCUCGGGACAAACUGAUUUUGCAGUCAGUGAUAAUCUUAACAUUUCUGCAAAAACUGUGAUUUGAUUCAUAAUUUAUUGAAUGUUUGACGACUUUAAACCACAAGUGAUCAGGAUGUUUUCAGUCCGGACGUUACGGUGCGAAUUGUUUCCCUACGAAAAGUCAAAUAUGAGCGUCUUUAAUGUCAAAUGAGUUUUACUGAGUGUGGCGACCAUUAGAAGAGUGAGCACCACCAGCUGUUGGUCCUGACCUGCACCAUGUCACCUGUGCUUGUUUACAUCCAGGUAGUAGAGCAUAUAAGAGAAGAGGACUCCAGCUUAGGUGCAACAUGUGUCAGGCCUGCAGUAAUAAAUACAACCAUGAGUUAAAUGGAUAAUUAAUUCCAGUAUGAAUAAACAAGGGUGAUGUUUAAUGACUUUGAUGACUGGUUUGGUUGGUUGAUGAUGAAUUUAGAGCGUUCAUGUACGUGUAGGUGGAGCUUGUACUCAGAUAUAUCAGCUGAAGUCUUUGAUGUUUCAUGUUAUUCUCAUAAAUGUUCUCCAGUGUCGAGAACAAACACAUAAAAACGUCUGUUUACCUGACGUGUUUCUUUGUUGAUGUUCUCUCCUGUCAAAUGCUCAGCUGACAUGUUUACCUGCAGUGUCUUGUUAACAUAAACAUGCUUGUGUGUGUUUGUGUUUGUGUGUGUUUGUGUUUGCAGGGUUUGUACCCGGGCUCAGAGGAGGGCUGGCAGGUGUACAGUACGGCCUCAGAUCCUGACGGCAGGUGUGUUUGCACAGUGGUAGCUCCGGCACGAAACCUCUGCAAACGGGACCCUCGGAGUCGACAACUACGGCUCCUGACCGAACAGGUGUGUGUGUGUGUGUGUGUGUGUGUGUGUGUGCGUGUCUGUUUGUUUGUUUGUUUGUGUCUGAGUGACUCCUGAUUGCAGCCCUGCAUGUUUCAGCGGUCAGCAUUGUGAUGCUGAGCGGGAUGGAGAGGCAGCGUACUGGAAUAAAAUAUUCACUGGACUGUCUCUUUGUUUUGACACUCGGAGGAACACACAUGAAGAGACACACACUCUCACACACACACACACACACACACUCACACUGAGGUCUCACUGACAGAUGUAUUCCUGAUACAUCAGUAGCUGUAUCCUCUAAAGACGCUCAGUCAUUCAACAUGCCAAAAGAGUUUAAACUCAAAGGACUCGCUGACAGAUGGGUGGGGAGGAAACGUUUACUUCUAUAUGCAGCUCUACGCCGCGCUCUACGUGAGGCGUUGAGCGCUUUAAUGCGCUUUCACUCGUGUGUUUAUGUGCAAAUUUGCAUCUGGCUGUGUAAGCAGAUUCCUCUGGAUGUAUAUAUGUGCAUCCUGAGACAGAAGUAAAUGUGAUUUGUGACAGAAGUCGAUGAAUUAUUGAACACUUUCAGGCCAGCAAACAUUUUCCGUGUGGAGGCUCACUCACCGGGAAACACGCACUCUUAUUCUCGCCGGGGUAAAAGUGCAGCUCAGCACAUUAAUGAAGACAUCAUGAGGAUUAUAACUCCUUCUCUAAGGAGACGGACACUAUCUGGACUUCUCUUCUGUUCUCACUCUUGGAAAAUUGGAUCUUAAUUAGCUCAGCGAUUCUCUGAAAUCGACACCUAUUUCUUGCUGUGAUCGCGGUUGUGUGUUUGUGUGUGUUUGUGUGCGUCACAUGUGCGGCUCAUCUCCGGCCUGGCAGCAUGUGUUUACAGCAGGAGAUGUGUGUGUGGGUGGGUUGUUUGUUUGUUUGCAUAUCACUUCUGUAUAUCUGGGUCAUUUUCAUAAAGGGUGUCUUCUUCUUCUUCUGCUCGUUUUUAAUCGGAUAUAAAAGCGGUUUGAAGUAUCUGGUUAGAUUUCAGGGCAGCUAAUGAGAUGUGUUCGCUCCUUUAGAGAUGGAGCCCCAUGCUGAAAUGGAUCUGAUGUGAGGCCCCUUCAAAGAGGAAUACGAUCCCUUUGGCUUUAUAUAAUGUUCCUCUGCCUAGUUUCUUUAGUCUGAAUAUGAUAUUGAACUUAUUUUUAUACCUUUUGAUUUUAUUUGUCCACAUUUGCCUCCAAGAUUUCUGCUUCCUCCCAUCAAACUUCAGUAAAAAGGAUUUCAGCAGAUUGACGAUUAUAUUUCAUGAAAUUGGAGGAGCCGUGUGUCUUUCAAGAACGAGUGUCUCCCUCAUUUUGCAUAAUCCUCAGUCCUCUCUGUAAAUGGAUUAAAUUGGAACCACUUUGUGCCAAAAACAAGUCUCUGUGAAGUCACAGACGGAUCUGUUUUUGGAGUACUUUGUUCAUUUUUAGCCAACGUUACAGCGAGACUGUCGCUCUGCAGGUCCAGACAAAAUCUCUCCAGAGGAAGCAGCGGGGCGUUGGUGCUCCCAGGAGGAUGAACCUUCAUGUGUUUUAUGAUCUUUUCCAUUAUUUGAAGGAUCUUCACAGCAGUGGCUGAUCUGCUGUGAAACUAACCUCAUAUAUUCCCCAGAGGAUACACCCUGAAAGUUCUGUUGUUUUAUCUUUGGCUUCAAGAUCAAGUCCGAAUUGACUCUGUUCAAUAUUUUACAUGAUUAAAAGUUCCGGUUACAGUCCAAUCCACUUCAUAUGAGUCCACGCAGACUUCACCUUUUCUCACGUUCUUUGGUUUUCACCGAGUCAGCGCGUCUCUUUGUAGGGCUGGAUGAUAAUGGCGAAAAUAAUAAUCAGAAAUAUUUCGACUGAUAUUGAAAUCACGAUUAAUAGAGACGAUUAUUCAUUCAAAACUUGAGUUUUUAUUAAACCACCAAUAUUUAACUUUAGAUAUAACUUAAACGGUGGUGCUGGCUGACAUGCUCGCACUUUUUUCCCUUCAUCAGACGACUUUAUGACUGAACAUUAAGUGAUUGAACAAGUUGUGUGAUCGAGAGGAUACCUUGCUCAUGCUAAUAAUUGUUGGUGCGAUACAUAUGAGUCCGAGUUAGAGUCACGUAAAUAAAAAAACCCUCAUUUUUAAGCUGUGGCGGUGCAGCGUCAGGAGCAAUUGCACAUCGGGAAAAUCCUGAAGUUGGUCGUGUUUCCUCGGGGAGCAGACACGACAGCAUGACAAACUUUGCAAACGAUGUCCUUUUGAUCGACGUCCGUCUAAUUGAAGCCAAAAAAACGACGUUGUCCGACUUCUUUCUUCUCAACCAAAGGCCGCCUUUCUUUCUUUCUGCCAUGUUUUCAAUCGCUCGCUCCUCAUUAGUGAUCCAAACACGUCACACGCUUGCUGCAGCUGCACGCAAACAGAGGUGCAUUCGAAGUGUUUUCCAGAACAGGAGCUUACAUACACGCAGCACUGUCUUUCAAUCAAUCAAUCAAUCAAUCAAUCAACUUUAUUUCUAUAGCACAUUUUAAAAUAACCACAAGGGAAGCCAAAGUGCUGUACAAUGAUACAUAAAAACAAAUAACACAAAGAGCAAGAUAAAGUGAGCAGAAAUACAUUAAUGCAAGGGGAUAAAUAAGUAAAUAAAUAAGCAGGCUCACGGCAGGUGCUAAAAUGAUUAAAAAAAAAAAAGAAGUAACACUAAAACGUAUCAAAAGCCAAGGAGUAAAAGUGUGUUUCGUCAAUUAUAAUGUUUUUAUGAUCGUAAGAACUCAAAAUCGAAAUCAAGAUUAAAAUUCAAUUAAUCGUCCAGCACUAUCUCUUUGACUUCCUGUUUCGGGUGUUGCGCUGCGGUCCACUUCUUCAUUAGCUAAUCGACUCUCGCCAUGGAGACCUGAAGUGAUGACGCCAUGAGUCAAAUAAGGGAAAUCUGUGUCUCCUUUUGUGUUCUGAUAAUCAGGCUGAGAUCUUGUUCGUCUCUCAGUUAUUAAUAGGAUCAUGUAAGAGUGAUUAUGCAGAUUUCGACGCUCCUCUCCGGUUCUGAAGUCUCACCGGGCAGAGCUGGCAGCGCCUACAUGUACCAGGAUGCAUUGUGCACAAGCAGCUGUUAAGUUGGCCUUAUUACGCUACAUUUCUUUGGCUGUGUACUCUGGCACCGUUUCAGACAGCUUGAUGUCAGAGUCAGCCAAAACACUUCACUCAUAUUUUUGAGAUAUGCCGUUUUCACAGCUAGUCGUGCAGUUUCAUCGCCGGUCUACAAGUCACACAAGGAUGGAGGCUGAAAUACUGAGCCAAUUCAGUCCGCUCUUCUUUCAGGGGUCACCGACUGAGACGACACGUUUUACAGCUGCACUCCAGAGAGCGUCGGUGACAACUGCAGCGGAUUUUUGUAGCCUGUGCCGUACACACAAGCUCCACAGACAAAGAGACAUCGGGCUCUGGAUUUAAGAGAUUCUCUCACCUCCUCGGUUUGUCUGCUUCACACUUGUUUGUCUGCGUUUAUCAUAUACUAACAGGUGCAGGCGCAAUUUUAACACCUGAGUGAGAUUAGACACCUGCAGGCUCAAAGCCCUGAAGCUCAAAGUCCUCCUGUAAGGCCUGUUAUUGAACGCUGUACACUCUUAGUCUCAUGGUUUCGUAAAAAAAAACAAGCUGAAAACUCAAAAAGACUGAAGUUUUAUCAGAUCUGUCGUGUCAUGUGGAUUAUUCUAAGAGCAGAGACCAUGGACCUCGUUUCAAAGACCUCAAAUGUUCGGUCUACAGUGAACGGCGCAGGCUUUCACUGGUUUAGCAGCGAACAGCGAGUGUGCUCAGUACAGUACAGGUUAUGAGGAGGUUAAAUUAAGUCCUUGAAUCAAAACCAGUCUGCAUGUUUCAGACGGUCUCAUAGUCAGGUUUGCCUGCAGGUGUUUUACUGUUUACAGAUUUUAGCCUUUUUACUCAAACGCUCAGGACCGGAGAUAAAACAUGACUUCCUUCAUUCUUCUGCACCUCUUACCCCAAAUUUCCACCGCAUCCGGAAUGGCGGUUUCUUUCCGUCCCGCUGCGGUUCAGCGGACUCUACAGCCGAUCGCCAGGUUUCUGUUUUUUCUGGAUGCCGCAGCAUACCGCAUAAAUUCAGCACAGAUAAACCCGUGCUGGAUAGGAAGUCGGGCUCAGACACAAAAUAAAACACCAAGCAUGAGGAGAUGCUGAUUCCAGAAGUCUAGAAGUAGAUUUCCUCCUCUGGAAGGACACAAUCUACUGCUUAUAUGUCUAUGUGUCUGUCUUUAUAGAGACAACUUGUUAUUGCACGAUUGCAUGUAAAUCAGGGGGUUCUUGUGAGUUCUCACGAUUCCCGAAAUCUCUGAAAUCCGCCACGAAAUUCACCUCAAACGCAUCCUGUAGGAAUCAGCGGACGGUGAAAAUCGCCGCCGUUUCUGCAGCAGAGCCGUUUCGGAUGCGGUGGAAAUUGAGGGUUACAUUGUGUUUUGUACCCGACACAGAUGCUUGGGAGGAGUUAGAAGUUUCAGUGCUCUGGUCUUCCAGCAUCCCGAGACAGUCUGCACUGAUUGUAUUAUUAUCAUGUAUGCACCAGGUUCAAGUGUCCAACUUUCUGAAGUAUCCCAAAAUAAUUACGAGUACACAGACAUGAGGACUGAAGUAUCCACGAAGAGGGACUCUCCUUCUGGAUGGACACGUGAUUCUUCAUUCCCAACUCCUCAUUGUCUUUUCUGAUGUGGCAAAGCAGAAAUCUCCUGGAUGGAUCUCUCCAUCAUGUGUUCUUUAGUAAUUUAGGUGAACUGGCCCUUUAAAUGCCCCAUCACAUGACCACACACUCAUGUUAGCGGGUAAAUAACAGGUGGCAGAAACCAGACGACAGCCAAGACUCCUGAUAAGCAACUAAUUAUCAUUCAUAAUGUCCACUUUGUGUGUGUGUGUGUGUGUGUGUGUGUGUGUGUGUGUGUGUGUGUGUGUGUGUGUGUGUGUGUGUGUGUGUGUGUGUGCGUGUGUGUGUGUUUGUGUGUCAGGUUCAGAAUGUGAGUCAGUCCAUGGAGGUGGUGGACCUGCGGACAUCCAGAGACCUGCAGUACGUCCGAGACUCUGAGCCACUGCUGAGAGGAGUGGAUGGACGUCUGCACUCGUACGUCGCCAACCCUCGCUCUCUGACAGCGAAGGGCUUGCAGGUACACACACAUACACACACACACACACACACAGACAGACACUGAGACACACACUCUAAGACAGUCGCUGUAGGGAACAUAUAACCUUUGGUGUGAAAACAUUGAUUUCACGCAUGCCAAGUCGAAGUUUCCUGCCCGCACUCAGACACGCGAGCAUCUUUCAUGGAGGGGACGAAAUUUGUCUCCGAGCUGUCGAUGCACCGGCCUCGUGUCGGCGGUGAGAAGUGUCUCACAGUCUCAUACAGAAGGUGCCGAUAAACUGCAGCGUCAUCAAAGCUCAGACAUGUCCCAAAAAUAAAGAGGAAGUGUGUCUGGGCUGAUUAUAAAUUCUCAUAUUAAUGAGUAAAUUUACAUCGUAUUGACACACUUACGAGAGCGAGCUGGGAAGUUUGUUUUCAUCUCGCCGUCAGUGUUUUGAAGAUGAUGAGAUUACCUCGCCGGAUAAGGAUUGAAGGAAAUCUAAAUUCAUUUCACUUCCUAAAUUAGGAGUACUAAUCUGAUCAGACUUGGUGUUCUCUGCCACAACGCCGCCGGUAGACAUCUGUGCCAACAACAAAACCAGCAGCCAGCAAGAGGAAGAUUAUCUCAAGAGCUACAGAGAAUUAAAGGCUGUGGAUAUGAGGACCGAGGAUCUGACUGUUAAAUCAGCUGUGACACGGCUGCUUUAGCGCCUGCAACACAGAGAUCAGCACUUCUAAUGACACCGACUCUAUAAAGCAGUAAAAGCCUCGUAAACUGCCGGCACCUUUCCCAAUAAACACAGAUUUGAGGAUUUGGGUAAACGUGAGAUAAAUUCGACUCUUGAGCUUUCGGGUCAUCGAAGUUUCAAUGUGUUUGUGUCCUGUUCAGUCAUUUUCAACCAAAAACUUAAAGAAAGAAAGACGAUAAGGUGUCCUCUGACGUGUAAAUGGCGCAGGAUUUCUCAGUGGGAGUGGGAUUUCAUUCGAGAGGUCGGUUCAUCUUCAGUUCAGCGUGAAUAAACUUCGUUCUGCUUCGUCACGAGUCCAAGACGGAUUGAUUGUAUCCUUAAGUGCGAGGGCAAUGAUUGCAGGUCGUGUGUUUAAAGUUUGAUGUGAUCCUAAAUAAUUCACAGCUGGCGGUGUACUGUAGUUAGCGUGAUAGGAUACCACUGCAGAGGACAUUUAGUUCAGCCAAAGCUUUUCUGAAGAUGGUGCAGACUGAAGGAGAGUUGGAUAAAAAGACAGAUUCAAGCCAAAGAACAUGCCAGCUGUUUGUGAGGCACCAUCACGGAGUAAACGCUCAGAUCAGGGGUGCCCAGCCUUUUAUAAAUCAAGAUCUACUUUAAAAGUUUCUCGUCGGUUGAGACCACCAAAGCGGACCCCCUCAAUGUGCCUAAAAAGUCUGUCUAUGAAAGUGAUGAACAGUAUUGAUGACGAAGGGUAAAGCUCUGGAUAUACUGGUUUGAUCUACGUUCCUACCCUCACCUACGAUCACGAGCUGUGGGUAAAAACCAAAAAGAAGAAGAUCAAGGGUUCAAGGAGCUGAAAUGAGUUUCCUCUGCAGGGUGGCUGAGGAGUCAGACGAGGUGGCUCGGGCAUCUAAUCAGGGGGAGGGAAUCCUGGGCUUCUCUGCUGCACCCGCGACCUGACUCUGUAGAAGAUGGACUGGUGCUGCACCCUCUGCCCUAAGAGCAGAGAACACGUUUGGUUCAUUAUCAGCGCACUGUGCAAAGAAAGCAUCUGUGAUGGUAUGGGCAUGCAUAAGUGCAAGUUUGGAGUGACAUAUGCUGCCAUCCAGCUGGUGGCUUUUUCAGGGGAGACUGCAUAUUUCAUCAGGACGGAGCCACAUUUUCUACAUAUUACAGCAGCUCCACCUUAAAGCAGAAGAGUCUGGGUUCUUCACCGGCCCGUCUCCAUCCUCGACUUGUCACCCACAGAAAACAUCAGGGGAUCAUUAAAUGAGAAAUGUGACAAAGGAGACCCAAACUGCUGAGAAUCCAGACCAGAGAGACCAGAAAGGGACAACACUUUACUUUGAAACUGCAGACACUGGAGUCGGCGGUUCAUUAGUGUUUACAGUCCAGUGUUAGAAGAGGAGGUGAUGCAACACAAUGGUAAACAUGUCUCUGUCCAAGCUGAGCUGAAGUGUGCUGAAGACAUCGACAUACACCACAAAACAAGAUUCUAAACAUGUUUUUAUUGAACCUUCCUGAUAAAUACAAAAUUAAUGGAUUUUUAGGUUCAUGUAACAAGAAAAAAGAGAGAUCACAACUCCACCAAACAUCAUCAUCAAGUUGGUGUAACACCGAACCACAACAAGAUCCAGAUACAGGUGCGCAGCCUGGCAAAAAUCAGAGUCGGUUAAAUCAGGAAAAGGUCGGAACACGGGAUCAAAAAGGACAGACAGAGGUUUCCGAUCUAAAAGGCAAGAGGUCAAAAAAACACGGAAAUGUGGACAAAAGAAAAGGACGUUACAUCAGUACGAUUUUUAUCAAAGGUUUAAAUAAAUAUUAAGUACAGAGAAAACUUCUGUUUUAUUAAACCUGAUGUGUUUCCAUCUUCAGGUUUUUAUUUAGAGUCAACCAAACCUGACAGUCUAUCUCAGAUUUAUGUCUUAUACCCUAUGUUUAGACUUACGUAAAUGUUAAAUAUUCUAUAGGUAUCAUAUCAAAAGUUGUUGGUGAUCUGGACACACUCACGUCUUUCUGAAUAAGAGACUCACAGGGUCUUUGCUCAGCUCGACAUUUGAAUUCAGUUAAACACGAUCAUUGAUAUUUUUUCAGUAAUCAUUGAUAACUUUAAAGCUGUCGUCCUCCAGGUCACAUGUUAAACAGUCCAGACUUGUUCUAUGUGGAAGUUGAGGGUCAUUUACAGACGGUGUAACAGUCUGAAUUAACACUGUCACUGUAAUGUGUUAAUUAGAUUAAUCAAUUACAUGGCAAAUUAACAUGUUAUAAAAAUUAACACAAAUAGCACACUUGAGUGGCAAUUCAAUGUGAAUUUUACCCGAACACGAGCAUUUAAACUUGGUUCAUUGAAGGACCCGUACUCCACACAUGCGUCACUAGUCAUAUUUAGAGGCGUGUUAUACUUGGAGUUUUCAUUUUGAAUUGCUGUAUUGAGUCAAAUUUAGUAUUCAUUAUAAAUUGAGAGUGCGGUUAAGUACCUAUUUAAGACUCAGCCUUAUUUUAUUUCUGAAUUUUAUUUGUCUGUAUUUGUACUGUAUUUUUUUAAAGGUUUGCUGGGAUAUGCUUGACCUUUUUCUACUUUUGAAUAUCAUGUAUGAAACACACUGAAAGUGUUAUAUGAGUUUCCUGAUUGAGCUUAGAAUUUAUUUUGGACAAAAUGCUCGGACUUAGCAGGGCUCGACAGUGUGACCGUUUCAAUCGCAUUUGCGACUAAAAAAAGAUGUGUGCGAAUUGUCAAAUGUAUUUAGGGUCACAUGUGCGCAAAAAAAAAAAUCAGCCUAAGUAACAAAUAUUUUUCCUGUAAAUACGGCGGUAAAGUUAGUUUAAAGUUGGAUAUCUGACGGACAUUCUCUGAGGAUCUACCGGUGUCUUCUCACUCUCCAUAACCGGGAAUAACAACAGCAGCGCGGUUAAAUCUACUCGACACCCUCACUGUCAACGUCGGUGUUGAAUAAGGGACCGUCAAUAAAUUACUGGUUGAUGUUCUUAAAAAAGGCUGUUUACCUUCAAUAGCUUCAAUGUCAUGUGACCAAAAGACCUGAAAUUGAUUUCUACUAAUAGUACAAAGGUCAGAUGAUAAGACACACCUCUUUAUUUCCCUAACUUGUUGUCUGAACAUUUUUGUGUUAAAUUAAAAGGAAAAUUUUGAACAUUUUCUUCUAAUUCUCUUGGGAACCUUAAGCAGAUAUGAGAUUCAAAUGCGAUUAAUUGGAUUAAUUAAUUACAAAUCCUGUAAUUAAUUAGAUUUUUUAUUUCUUUAGUCGCCUGACAGCACUAGUCUGAAUUGAUUUUCUUUUCAUUUCUUUCAUUUUAUCAUUUGAUUUCCAGAUUUGCAGCCAGGUUACUUCAUCAAUACUUGGUUGGUGGACGUAAAUGCAGGUCUACUGUGUCCUCGUCUCAGUAAACCUUUUUUACCCCCUUAUGUUUGCAGAGAGCUGAUGAAAAGGGACACUGUUUGUUUUAGGAUUUAAAAAGCUACGUUCCCGAAAAAUUCAAUUCUGGGGAAUUUAUUCUUGAUCUAUCCUUUCAUGAACCCACUUCUGAAAACCCUCAUCCUCGAUACCCGCAGGAGAAUCUGUGUCGUCCCUCUCGUCCUUCACUCUUCCUCAUGUCCUGGUCGGCCUGUAAUUAUGUUUGUGUAAUUAUGUCUUUGUCAACAUGAACCUUUGCGAUCCAAAUGAGGUUGUUUUUAACCCUCGAAAUGAAGAACACAGUUUCAGUGAUUUCUGUUUUCACACAAUGCCCGGUGUGUUUGAGAAUCUGGGUUUGCAGAAGCGUAGGAUGCAGAUGCUGUAUGAAGCAGACGCAGGUUUUAUAAGUGGUCCACACUCAUGCAGACACACAAACACACACUUCCGCCUUACAGGACUUUUCCCACAUUCCCGUUAAUCCAUCCUGCCUUUCAUCCUUUUCCGGAAACUCUUCUUAACAACAUCACGGGGCUCUGGGGUCUGUUUUUAAGUUUUCAUGCUGUAAGUUUAUAUGUGUGUGUGUGCGUGCGUGCGUGUGUGUGUGUGUGUGUGUGUGGGCACGCUCGGCGCUCCUCUGGGGAUUUCACAGUCGUAAGCUUUUGCCUCUGCACCGAGAGGCAGAACUGGUGAAUAUUUAUGCGAUGUGCAGCUACACUAAGUUUAUCAAUAACUAAAUAGUAUUUCCGUCCCACGGGGCGAUGAGAACAAGGGAGACGGAGAAGAAGAAGAAGAGGAGGAGGCAAAACUGAGGGAUUAAGUCAGACGGAAAGAUGGAUUGAUUAAGAGUUUGGGGAAAAAAGGAGGAGGGAAAAGAGGGAAAAUGAAUUAUUGCAUAUCAUCACUUUCCCCUGCGGGUGGGAGGGAAGAGCAAAGGCAAGGAAGAGGGAAGGUAAAGGUUAGCUGGGGGGAGAAAAGGGUGAGAUAAAAGAGAGGAACAGGAGGGGAGAGAUUAGAGAGGUGAGGAUAAAGGGGGAGACCUGGCAGGGGAGGGAUUAGUCUGCUAAAGUGUUUACUAUCUAACAGGCUUUGACAUUUUCGUGAUUUCAAUACAUAUUAAUGAACUCAACAUGCAAAUAACCAUGUCAGUCCCAAUCAGGGGGGAUAAAACGGCCUGAUUUAUGGUCAAGCGUGAGAGGACCCGCUUCAGAGAGAGGGUUUAGGUCCUGAUUUGAGGAUAGCAGCGGAGGGAUUAGGCACAUAAAGUGUCUGACUGGCUGCCAAGCCUGUUUCCUGGAUGUGUUUUGUGCCGGUGUGCGGGGGUAUGGGAUGUUCUUAGGAGACGAUAAUGUUUUUGUCUUUGCUUUUGACACUCCUUUUAAUCCUUCUGCUUUCCGCCGUAUCAAACCCAACUCCGCUCUCUGCAUGGUAAACGCUUCUGGGGGGGAUUUUAGGGUGAAACGACGUCUGAGCGUUGAACACAAGCAGAGGAAUAAAAGGGUGUGCGGGGAGAGGCGUUUAUGUCCUUCUGCAGCAACACACAGCUGUGCCCCACAUAUAAUUCAUACACUAAAUAUUGAUCCCAGAAAAAGUCCAGCACUCUCCAUCCUUCCUUCCAUUUUAAAAGAUCAAUUUUCAUUCAAAGAGUACGCUUUCGGAGGGGGAAGGGAGGCCGCGUGCAAACAGAGAAGAUUUGUCUUCCCAGUUUAUUCUGCUCUUCUAGGCCAGCAAACUGUUCAAAGUAGUCCAGACGCGCUUUCCUCUUCUUCAUCUACCAUCUCCUCCUGUGGGAGCGUUAAGUAUUCCCAGUCCAGAUGGGAUAUGGAGUCCCUCCAGCAUUUUCUGGGUUUUCUGCUUUCCAUUUGGAUAAUGCGGUUCUUCGCUCUCCCCGCUUAUGUCUCUUCCUCACGUCUGAGCUCCUCUCCACGGACAUACAGGGAUGUGAGGAAGAUGGAGACGCGAGUCCUCGUGACACGCAGCGUUUUCGCAGUCGAAUGUGGAGAAAUAAUUUAGUGGAGGAAGAAAACAUGGUGCCCAACAAAACGUGACCAAGUGCAGACUUUGAGGUCCAGGGAUAGGUAGGAAAUCUGAAGAGGAAAAAUAGGACGAGGUAUCAGGAGAAGUCCGAGGACUUUAUAAACAUUUCAUGAUUUUUAUUGAAUGAAUAAUGAAUGGAGUUAGAUUCGUCUUUUGUGGUUUCAGUCCUGUUUCUACAAGUAGGCUGUCGAAUCUACAAAACUGAAACCACCCAGUAACAUGAAUAAAACAUCCAUCAUGUUCUAACAACAGACCCGCCGUUUCUAACACUAACCCCUUUAAAUCAGCCGACCAAUCCCUGAACAGUACGGCAUGAACUCAUUAACUAACAUGGAGUUACCUAACCCAGAACACAGAAAUAAAAACAGAUGCUUCGUUAGAGUUAACCGCAUCAGAAAAAGUUAAAGAAGCCUCAAGGAUGGAGGUGUGAAGCUCAGUGAGGUGCUUCAAACUGGUUUAAUAAAGACGAGAGACUGAUUGAAUAUAUAUAUGAGAAAACAGUCAGGACUUCUUUAACAUUCAUGUGCAGUUAGUUAUACAUUUACUAUGUUCUCCCCUCAAAAAAAGACCAACCAACCUUCUGAUACAGCACAAAAUCAAGAGCAUCAUGUCUGUCAGCAGUAAUUUAUUUAAGGACGGAGUGAUAGAUAAAGUUUGGGUGUUUAAAAACAGAUCCUUCAUUAGAUUUAACCACAUUCGAAAAAGUAAAAGAAGCCUCAUUAACCAGGGUAAAAGAAGCAUCAUGGAUGGAGGUGUGAAGCUCACUGAGGUGCUUCAAACUGGUUUAAUAAAGACGAGGGACUGAUUGAAGGAAGAUGAGAAAUAGUAAAGACUUCUUUAACAUUCACGUGCAGGUAGCUAUACAUUUACUCUAUCUCUCCUCAAGAGAAGACCAACCAACCUCCUGAUACAGCACGAAUUCAUGAGCAUCAUAUCGGUCAGCAGUUACUAAUCCAAUGACAAAGUGAUAGACAAAGUUUAGGGGUUUAAAAACAUAGCUUCAUUAGAUCUAACCGCAUCAGAAAAAGUUAAAGAAGCCUCAUGGAUGGAGGUGUGAAGCUCAGUGAGGUUCUUCAAACUGGUUUGAUAAAGAAGACAAAGUGAAUGAAGGUAGAUGAGAAAACAGUCAGGACUUCUUUAACAUUCACGUGCAGUUAGCUAUACGUGUACUACGUCUCUCCUCAAGAGAAGACCAACCAACCCUCUUAUACAGCGCACAAUCAUGAGCGUCACAUCCGUCAGCAGUAAUUAGUCCAAGGACGGACGAUUCUUCUUCAACUCUUCUUCUUCUUCUACAGGACAAAAGGAAACUGGAUUUAUUUCUGUCACAACUUUGAUACAAGAGUUUUUACAUGGUGGUUAAAUGUAAAGUUUUCAUCAAGUCAUAUUCCAAGAUAUUUAUACUCUGUGACUCUUAAUUUCUGAACCGUUUCUGAUAAAUAUGUUAAUUUAAAUCACAGAUAAUUAAGGAGAGUUUAGUUAAUUUAGUUCCAAAUCCUGAGGGGAUUUCCUGGACUAACUCUUUGCUUACGUAAACGUUCACUUCUAACUAGAUUAUGGUCUGCUGUUAGUUUCAGAUACUCUGCAGUAGAACAUGAUGUUCGUUUGAGGAAUGACAGUCCCCCGUUAGAGCGGGGGGGCCGUGUAUCUUUACAUGUUGACAAGCUUUACAGUAUUUUCUUCUACAACACAAGAAAACAUCAGCUGGUUGAAGACUGGAGUGUUUUCUUUUUUCUUUGUUACCGCUCGGUAAAAACAGGUCACUUCUUCUCCGACAUGUUUCCUUUGGUGUCUGCUUGUCAGGAGGAAGGUCUCAUGACCCCGUCCACUUGUGACACUCAAACAGCCUUCAAGCCUGUCAAGGAUAUCGAUGAAAUGUGGUCUUUUGUUAUGAGCUGUUUACUCAGUCGUCCUUUGCGGAGUAAUAUUCCAUCACACAGGAAGCUGCCAUGGCAACCUGUCAACUAGGAGAGAGAAGUAGGAACGAAUUUCCACCCUGCCGCUCAGACAUGUUCACCGCUGACUGAAAUAACGACCACAACGUUAGAUUUACCGCUUCAGAAGAGCACUUCACUGUGACCGGUGGUAAUCCACGAUAUGAACCCUGUCUGUGCUUUCCUCUCCACCCACAGGAGUUGAAAGGCCAGAUGUCCCAGCUUCGCCCCCUCCUGUCAGUGGUGGAUCAGUACAGGUUGGACCUGCAGACGCUGUCCACCCUGCGAAUGGAGCUCCUCAACCUGUCCGUCAUGCUGGCGUCCAUUCAGGAGGAGGUGGGGGCGUACGACUACGAGGAGCUUCAGCAGAGGGUCUUACUGCUGGAGACCAGGCUGCACAGCUGCAUGAACAAACUGGGUAUGUAGUGGAGGGUCAGGAGUGCACGGAGAACUAUGAAGGGGAGUUUUUGAAACAGAAAAUCCAAUCGCAUUUAGGGGGCACUUAGCAGAUUAUUCACAAAGAGGACUUUUCUCCUCACUCAGAACUGUGAAAACGCUUGUGUAAUCUCUUUUGUGGCUCUGAAAGGAGCUUGUCGAAUUGAACUGGAGCUCUGAAAUUUUUAGAACAAAAAAAGAAGAGAGAGAAGGACGUAACUAACUAGGGCAGUGAGAUUGAAAAGUGUGGAUGUAUCCCAGGCAGGGCAUGCCCUACAGAGUAUGGUAUCAAGAUGCAUUAUGGGAAUUGUACAGAGGGAUCCAGCUUUAGGAAAGUCAGCAGCCCGUCCUCUGGAUUAAAUGGUGGGAUAUCUCUUCUUAGUAUUAAAAAGUUGAAUACUUUAAAAACUGUACCCUGGACUUGAUCUGAUAUUUGUGCUCACAGUCACUGCCUGUAAAUCCCUCUAUUGUAUCAGCAUCAGUUUACAGCGUUCAGACUCUAUCUGUGGUAGACAGUCAGAUAUCGGCGCUCCAAAACUUCUCUGGCACAUCAACAUCUCCGACAGGUUUGUGUGCGAGUGAAACUUAUCCUGCAAAAUAAAAAUACGUAGAUACACCUCACGUCCUCUCCGAUAUCUCUCACAUCACACGGGUUGACAGGAUUGCUUCUGCUGAUAUCCUGCGUGUGAUCCGGCGCCUGUCUGAUCUGUCAUGGGUGUAGAGCAGUUUCAAAGCAGAGAUCCUCAGUCAUGAGUGUCGAGCUCUUAUUUAUUUAUUAAGGUCGAGGUUCAGGGUGUCGUAAAAACAGAGUUGGACAUUUUUGUUGCUUUUUGUAUAAGAAGUUUUUUUCAAAACUGUUGAUGCGGGGAGACAGGAAGUGUGAGGAGAGUGACAGUACCAAGGGCCAACCAGUGCUGUGUACAACAGUGACAAUGAGGAGUGAAUCGUAAUCAGAUUAUCUGAUUAUGAUGAUGUUAAAAAUGCGGAUGAUUAACCGAUCAGUCGUGGUGAAGACAGAGCUGAGCUGUAAGGCGAGACUCUCAAUUUACCAGUCGACCUACGUGCCGAUCCUCACCUAUGGUCAUGAACUUUGGGUAAUGACCGAAAGAACAAGAUCGCAAAUACAAGCGGCUGAAAUGGGUUUCCUCCUCAGGGUGUCCGGGCUCAGCCUUAGAGAUAGGGUAAGGAGCUCGGACACUCAGGAGACGCUCAGAGGAGAACCACUGCUCCUCCACGUCGAGAGGAGUCAGCUGAGGUGGCAUCUGGUUAGGACGCCUUCUGGACGCCUCCCGUUAGAGGUGUUCCUGACAUGUCCCACCAGGAGGAGACCUCAUGGCCGGCCCAGGACCAGGUGGAGGGAUUAUAUCUCUCGCCUGGCCUGGGAGCGCCUGGGAAUCCUCCCAAAGGAGGAGCUGGUGGAGGUGGCUGGGGUGAGGACCGUCUGGUCCGACCCGGACCUGAAUGAAGCGGAGGAAAACGAUGACGAUGUUAAAAAAAUUAGAAUUUAGUUUUGAAAGAUGAAAGAAAAACAUUUUAUUAAAGUGAAGUUUGAAGUUGUCACUGAAUAUAAAAUUAAAAUCAAAAAUCGAGUUUUCAGAGAAAAAAAUCUGGAUUUUAUUUUUGGCCAAAAUCGUGCGGCCCUAGUAAACAUGCGUCCAGCAGCCGACAUGACUCUGUCUUCAGGUCGUCGUCUGUCUCUGGUCUUUGUGACUGUAGCUUCACUUUAACCAGACUGUUUCCUGAUUGAUUCGCUGUUUUUUCCUUCGUGUUUUACUGAAAAUGUUCGCAUAUUUCUUCAGAGCAGCUGGCAGAGACUCCAGCAUGAGUCUGACAAGGUCACCCACGGUGAUAGAUAGACGAACACAUUCUCGUCUUCAUGUUUUUAUGAAAAUGGAAUAGUUUGGAUAUAAUGUAAGCUCAUGAAUAGUUGGCAGAGAAACGCCAACGUCAGCUGAAGUAGUUUAAGUUUUUUUUUCGUCAACAUUUCGACUUUGAAAAAAAAAGUAUCACCAAUGAAAUCCAUCUGCUGUGAAGUGAGCUGACCACAGCCUUUUUCAGCUGUCAGCCACCUAAUUCCUGCUGAAGCAUUUCAAGGACUUUGAGCUGAUCUUAAAGAUUAAAACUUAAUGCAGUUACAAAAAGAGAGGGGGGGUGUUUGUGGAAAAGUUUCUUUAAAAACUUUUUUCCUCAGGUCUGUGUUUUUAGCCUCCUUAUUUGUUUGAAAGUAGAUUAACACUCAAACUUUUGCAGCUUUUACGGAACAUGUCCUAUUUUGUGCCUUAAAGGUUGUGGUCGUCUGACGUCAGUGAGCACCCCGAUCACCGUGAGGGCCUCGGGGUCCCGCUUUGGUUCCUGGAUGACUGAUGCUAUGAUCCCCAGCUCUGACAGCAGGGUAGGUGCACAGCGUGUGUGUGUGUUUGUGUGUGUGUGUACAUGUGUGUGUAUACGCGGUCACAGCUUUGCUAAGCUCGGUGUUUUUCUUGAUUUACUUCUUCUGUCUCUUGGAUAAUGACUCCGGUGUGCACUCUGUCUGCAGCCUGCGCCCGUUUCCAAAACAGCUCCCACAUACACAGACCAUGUUCGGGGGCAGCGCAUAUUAAGCUAGUUGUCAAGGCGACUGUCUCCCAGUUGCCAGGUGUGAUUUAUAUCGCCAUGGUGACCCUUGGCUGUUGCCUAUUAGAGCCUUCCCCUGGUGAUGAGAUGGAGCUCCACACAGCAGCAGUAUCCCAGAUAUAGACCCGCGACUGUAGUUCAAGUUAAAACCUCACCGAGUCGGUCGGUUUCUCCUCCUCCUCCAUCCUGGAGAUAAAAAGCUUCUUCUUCUUCUUCUUCUGUAUGUGAAACGUUUCUCAAUCUGGUUUUGACAUUCAGCGCAGCACAAAUAAUGCAUUUGAUGAAAUUCACAGAGUGUACUCUCUGGAAAUGUGGUAUAAAUAAGCCAGUGAAAACACAAGACGCAGUAAUCAGCUGAAAUCACUUUCAUCUCGCCUCUCUUCAGGCCUGAUGGAGCCCCGUGGAGCUCUCUCGUAAACAAACACAGCCAUGUUUACAUUCACAUUUCCGCACACUCAAGGUGUUUUUUUCAUCCUGACGAACUUACCGAACACAUUUCCAUUUUUAUAGACGUUUUUAGUGUUUUAAUGUUUCAUUCCACGUUGUCAACGUCGAAUCGUUGAAGUGCCGAGGAGAUCUGGAGCUUCCACUCCAUGAUUGCCCUCGAUUCCUCUCUGUGAAAGCGGUUAAGUGGGCGCGUUUGACACAAAAAGUCUCUGCAGGUUACCUCAGCAGUGGGACUCUGGAUUCUGACAAGUGAGUCAUUGAGUCAUGAAUCAUUAAGUGGUGCUUGUCACGCUUAAAGAAGAAGAAAAAAAUCAUUCAGCAUUUUACAGCCACUCUUUCACCAGCCGGAAAAACAUCUCUCACUUUCGGUUUUAUUGGAGGUGGAGCGGCUGUAAAACAGUUGGUCCGUUUUCAGAGCGUCUCUGGAUUUGAUCGUAAACAGCAGCUUCCAAAUGAAUAAAUGAGAUUCUAAGAUUGCUCUCCUCUUCAGAUGUCACGUCUUCUGCUCUUUACACCAUCCAUCCAUUAGUUUCCUCUUACUUAUCAAACAAGUGGACCCAGACGUUUCUCCUCCUGAAGGAGCCUUAGGCAUCCUCGGACCAAAUGGACUGUUUAAUCCCUCCAGGGAGCUCUUGGUCCUCACCGAGUCCAGAAGUCAUCCUCAUCAAAUACGUCAACGGGCGUCUUUUGAUGCAAAGGAGCAGCGGCUCUCCACUGUUCUCUCUCCAGAUGCCCAGGUCUCUAAUCUGGUCCCUGAAGCUGCGCCCUGGAGGCUCAUUUCAGCUGCUUGUGUCCAAGAUUUUAUUCCUUCGGUCCAAACCCGAUCUGGACUGGUAGAUAGAAUACUCUAGAUACCCUCAUGCAUGAACAUGACCUCACACCGAGGAGAGCAACCCACCAUUUCACAGCUGACUCUCACUCAAGCCGCUCUGCACUGAGCUGUAAACCACCUGAAUACCUGCAGGGGGUCCCAGCAGAACCACAUCAAGAGACCGAACUCUGAGGCCCCCAUAGAGACCUUCCCUCUCCUCUGCACCUGACAAGAAGCAACCACCUCCACUGAGUCCAUGUCUGACUCUGAGUCCACAGACUCUCUCUUUGGUUUUACUGGAUUUAACACGUCGUGUGAGUUGGAGUUCUCCUCCUGGUUCGAAGAUCAGCCGGCGCCCCCUUUCCUUCACUCUGGACUGAUCCUUUCCCAAAGGACUGAACGGUGUGAUUACACAGAGUCAGACCAGAUAAGCCGAUCUACGCUCUGUCCUCCAGUCUGUGUGCCCCCCCUCCUCACACAAACAUUACAAACAAAUUAAGUUACCAUCAAGUGCUGGAAAACUCAUCUGAGUAAUUACAGUCUCUGCGAUUAAUUAAUUAAGAUGAAUGACAUUUCUGCACCGUUCAUGAGAUCUGUUACAUCACAGGUAAAUUAGUAAUGAAUCAGGACUCUCUUUAUCUGCACUUCAUUUUAUUUCAUCAGUCAAAUUAGAGGGAGUUGGAAUCAUCAGGGGACUCAUGAUACGUGAUACUGGACCCACAAAAUCACAAUAAUCCAACAACACAGUGAUUCUGCAAUAAAGGAUAUACUGCAGAGCCAACAUGUCAGGAUACAUCGUGAUAAAGGAUUAACUAUAAACUAAGGCUGCAGCACACCAAGACUCCAGUAUCACCUGAAUGUUCAACAUGUUGCAGCUAGCGUGGAAGCUAAUGUUAGUCCAACUCCGAGUACAGCGACCCACACCCAAGAAUAAAAUAGAAGAAGUUUGUCUGACACAAAAAAGUGACAGAAAUUCAUCUUUCGACAGGCCUCAGUCGCAUCAGAAGACAUACAUUCUCCAUCAUACUUGUAAACACAUACAGAACAAGAACUUUAAACCCACCCUGAGUGGAUUCAGAGUUAUGAUGAGUUAGUCCACGUCAGAAAAGUAAACAUCCUAAAAUUGCUGCACUUAACAUAAAAAACACAGAUCUGUCGGUCUUGGAUAAGUGUCACCUUGAAAAAAAACAAGGUUUUGUUUACUUAUGCUCAUGUAUUCAUUCAGUUCACUAUUCAUUUAUUCACUCGUAUACCAUUUUAAAAAAUAAAUGAUUCUCGCUGUUCUCAGGUCAGAUAUUUAAAUGCGAUUAAAAUGCGAUUAAUUGCGACUAAUUAAUUACAAGGCCUCAGAUUAAUUAGAUUAUUUUUUUAUAAUCGAUUCCCAGCCCUACUAAAAACACAGUGACCUUAAAACGGUUAAAAAUAAGAUUGAUGUAUUUGUUUUUGAGUUAAAUUCUGCAGUAUUAGAAUGGCUGUAAGUCCUGUCUGCGGUCUGUGCGUAAGGCGAGUCAAACUCUGGACAGACCCGAGGGCAUCCUCCACCUUUCCUCUCGUCACGUCAUAAAAACUGGAAUGAUGAUUUCCUUCAUUCUUCCUCCUCAGUUUUAAAAGUGAUGAGUACAUGUCGGCGCUAUCAGGCAGUCCACUGUCCUCUGCUAUUGAGCAGCUGUCAACCUUUUCCUCCUCGUCCAAUUAACCGCCGAUCACAUUUCCCUUAUUUCUGUCGUUAGCACACCCACGUGGCAUGAGUGGUAAUAACUGGCAGAGAAGCUGUGAUGAGCGCGGCAGUUUUCACAUCGAUAUUCGGCCCGACGUAUUGAAACUCGUGUCGCACGGGUCAGGACGAUGAUAAACGCCGCCCCACUCUUCGUAACGAAGAUAAGCAGGUGAAGUCAUGGCCUCCAUCAUAUUUACAGAGCUACUGUGUGACGCCCUGGUGAGAUUAAUCUGCGUUAAUUUCAUCACCUCAAGUUCUCAUGACGUCCUUUAUUGGAGCUCGCAGUCUUUUAUUACGAUUCUUACUGAGGUAUUACCUCUAAGCGAUACAUUAGAGCGCGAUAAACUUUAUUACACAGAGUAUCAAACCUUCACCAUCAUCACAGCUUUUACACUCACCCUGAAGUGGUUUAAAUUAGAGAUGGAGGUAGGCCUGGGCAUCGAUAGAAUUAAAAGAAUUAAAAUAUAUUUGUCAUAUCCUCCGAUCUUGCAUCUCAAGCAUCUUUACUAAAAACUAAAGACACUAGAGAUUAUUUCAACAUUUUAUUAACAUAUAAAGCAAAUUAAAUAAGAAACAGAAAAAUAUUAAAAAAACACAGUACAACAAAUGUAGAUAAAUACUAAAUAAUUAGGGUGACCAUACAUCCUCUUUUACCGGGACAUGUCCUCUUUUUGGGGGGCUGUCUAGGUUUGUCCGGGGAAAGUUUUUAAAAUCCUUCAAAUGUCCGCGGUUUUGUACUCAAGUUUCGAUUUUGUGUCACGUAGACUUACAGAGUUAGAAGCAUGUAAAAAAAUUUGACCCGAAAAACUCUCAAAAUUAACGACUCUGUGACUCCGCCCCCGCGUAGUUGUGUCCUCUUUUUUGGAAGUCAGAAUAUGGUCACCCUAAAAUAAUACAGUUUAGAGUCCUGAGUGUUUUUGCUGGUAUGUAAGACCCAAAAUAAACAAAUGUCCCCCUCAGGGAUAAUAAAGACGCCUUAAAUGUAAACAUUAGAUGAUGUAAACGUUGAUGAUACAAUUGAUCGCCGCUUUGGUCUGGUGGCUGCACUGCGAGUUGUAGCUAAACUGCUAAUGCUACUCGUGCCGUCAGCAGUGACAGGCUGUACAGACUCCGCCCACAUUUUCAUGUUUUCCUCAUAAUCACUCGGAAAGAACUUGUUGAUUAAACAGAUCUGUUAUCAGGGUUUUUCCUGGCUCAAAUUGAGGCAGAGGUGGCACCAUCCUGACCAUGCGCCAUGACGUGCAUAUAUUUGUAAAUUCAACUGUCUCACUUUCUUUUACAGGCAACAUACUUUAAGUUAAGAGUUCAAAAAAAAGUGUGACCAUUAUCAUGUUAAAGCAUUCAUUUAUUAAAACUAUAUACAUACACAAAUCAGCUGGCAACUUUAAAUUGAAAGUACACUUCAUCCACACAUCUCGCAACCCGACAGAACAUUUCAGCCUCCUCUUUUUCAUUCUGUAGAACCUCCUCAUGCACUCCUUGUAGUCCAAGGCCUCCUGGUCUGGUCCAUCAACAGCCACCUUACAACAGACAUCCAAGUGCCUCUCCUUCAGUCUGUUCCACAGAGGUGUCUUCACCUUAAACAAAACAAUUCAUCAUGCAUUAAGUAUUUUUGUUUUUAUUCUGAUACAGACAUGAAGAGUGAUAGUGUUUUCAAUCAUAUAUUAUAUAUAUAUAUAUAUACGCUGCAGUGUCCUCCCUAAAAAAAAAAAACGACAACUAAUUAUUUCUUAAACUAUCUAAACUAUGUUAUUUUAGUUUUAUUUAUUUUUUAUUAAUUAUUAGUUAUUAUUUAUUAGUUGAGUGUUUUUAGGUACUACCAUCUUUAAUAUAUUUCUCCUUCUCUUCUGCUGCUUUGUGAACGGCUAUCACCUCAUGUCUUUUUAAUGUGUCCAGCCUGUAGUUGGUUGAUGGCUGUCUCACUAAGGAGGCAGCAAUUGCCUGCUGUGUUGGGGCACAGUGCUUUUGGCAUAAAUAGCAAUGCAUGCCUUCCUCAGUAUGCCUGAGCCAGGUAAAUUGAUUGAGCCAUUGCUUGUCAAAGCCACUGGCUCUGUGUUUUUGAGAAAAUCUGGAAAGAGGAAUAAAAACCACGUACACGUUGGCUUUGCGUUGUUAUGCUCCUAAUUGGAAACUAAUUAAUUAAUUACCCUCGCCUCGCCGACUCGUCCUGUCCUGCAUUCUGACCCUCGCGAUCACCAGUCCCUUGUGAAGUACUUUCAGACCUGACACAAAUUUCCACGUUGUCACCACUAUGAAUUAUAGCAUUUUAACUGCCUAUUACGUUUUUUCUCUGCUGUGUUUCACCUGGACUCUUGACUUUCCUCCUUGCGAGGUCGCUUUUUAAAGUACUGGCUGAUUUUGCCUGUCAUAUCUGCAACGCUAAAAAACGGAGGAAACUUUUUUUUUAAAUAAACACGUCAUGCUUGGAUGCAAAAAAGACAAGCAGUAUUUACCUGUUUGUACCAUCCGCCAGGGAAAAUCAGGACGCCGACAGCACCAACUAGCGGGAAAAAAAACUUGAAAAAACAUGAUUCGAUCCGUUUCUUCUUCGGUAGAGGCUUCAGGUCUUUCCGGUGCACUGCUGUUGAUAUAGCGCCUUUAUAGUGGCGCAACGCUGCAACUGCAGUUAAAAUACGUUGCUGCAGCAGAGGGACAUCAUACACUCAAUCAACACAGCUGGAACUUUACGCUGUGUCGAGCGAAAUCAAUCGCCCUGGCCGGGGGCGGCACAAAAUUAGGUGGAGGCGGCCGCCACGCAAUUUUGAACGCAGGAAAAACCCUGUGUUAUGUUUCCAGUUUUUAAGGGCACUGACCGCCCACAUCGGUGUUAUUGCUUGACGUCACUUUGGAGAUACCUGAACCACUGCCACAUAACCGACGUUGAAGAACUUCUCAACAAUAACAUCUUCGGAGGAUGACUCAAAGUCACGGCUGACAUCUAUUUUGCUGAUCUCAGCUCCACAUUCGGUCGUUCUGUUUACUUCUCCGGCAGCUUACAGAAGUGAGCAGGAAAAGCUCGACUCUGAUUGGCUGUUGUCACGCACAUUUCCGUUAUGUAAGUAUGCUCACAGCUGAUCACCGUGAUCGAAUUGAAAUUUAUCAUGAUCAUUAAUCUCGAUCGGUCCUAGAUGGACGUUUCUCUUUGUGCUCCUCAUCAUCGAACCCGGACACAGUUGUGAAACCAUCACUUUCCCAACAUCUCCCCCUCUUCUAUCUCCAGAAACGCAGGUUCAAGUGAAAACUGUGGCGUCUGCAUGCACGCCCACAUGACCUUGGCGGCCUUUGAUAUUUCAUAAGGUCAAAACUGUAAGUCUGCAGGUAUUUAGCAUCUGCGGUUCAGUAUGAUGAGAGGCUUUUAUUUGCACCUUUUUAAACUUUAAUACCUAAAAUCAUAUAAAUCCAAUAUUCAAUUGACGAGCGACACAACCUGCAUUUCACAAAGGCCGGCGCACUGUCGCGCACUCAAACACUCUCAGUAAAGUCAUCCUCAUACAUCCCUUGGUCUCCAUGACUACAGAGUCUGCACAGGGUCCCAGUUUGGCAUUUAUGAAUUCUUUAUAAGCUCAUCAAUAUGGGAACGUGUGUGUGUGUGUGUGCACGUGUGUGCACGUUUUAUACUUUACACCCCCUCACACACGCGCAUUAACACACACCUGUCGCUGUAUUUGAGAACAGAUGCUGAGGUGUGGAUAUCCCCUGAUCUGUCAAGAUGUCUGUGCUGAAAGUGUGAGGAGGAGAAGAGAGAGAGAGAGAGAGAGAGAGAGAACAAGGAGGUGUGAAACAGAGACAUGAAAAUGGAAGAGGAGGUGGACAGGUAGAAGGAGAGACAAAGAGAGGAUGUAGAGGAAGAGGGGAAAGGUUGAUCAGAAGAACAAGAGUCGGGACAGACGAGGAGGAUGGAGACAGAAAUGGAACGAGAAAGACGAGAGGAAGAGGUCAAGACAGGUGGAGGUAGACAAAAGAGACAAGCUUGAAUUUUUAAAGCUAAUUAGCUGCUGUAAUCUUUCACACUGACCCAAAAGUGAUUGCUUCGUCGCUCAAAUCCACAGCUGUGUCGAAAUCUUCUUAAAAUUCAGCCAGAGAUAAAAUGAGGCCUUGGCAGUCUGAGUUUGAGGACGCCGGUCUGGUUUAUCAGGGUUCAGACUGGAUCCAGAUUACAUCAAUAUGAGGGGAUGGUCUUUUGGUUACAGCGAUGCAAGUGAACGCCAUCCACAAAGUCCAAUAUUAGAGAAUAAAUAUGAUAACUUAGAGAUGAUCCAGUUUCAUAUCUAUAAGUAUUUCUGAUUUGAUGCGAUGGGCUGAAUGUUUCUGCAGUCUGGAGGUUUUUCUGCUCGUUUUUCUUUAUCAAUUUGAUGUUUUAUUCAUUUCUCCUAGAAACUGCCUCCUGGCUUUAUGUGGAAUUAUUAAGUUACAGCAAAUCACAUAAUUAUACAGACCUGUUUAAAAAGAGCAGACAUCAGGGAUAAAAACUCUGGACUCAGAAAGAUCAGACACGGAGGAAAAGGAGGAGAGGAGGAGGAGAUGGUAGUUUUGGUGUCGUGGGCAGGUGCUGGAAGUCCUGCAGGAAAAGGACAUGAGCAUCUCCACAAAGCUUGUCAGCAGAUGGAGGGAUGAGAAGAUGAAGCGGCAGAUCCUGGGGUUGACUUUGGAUUAACUCUGACAUGACAUCCCAAAACCAUCACAGACGGCAGAAGCUUCACUCUGGAUUUAAACACCUUGGAUUUGGUUCCUCUGCGCUCUUCCUCCAGACUCUCAGACCUUGAAUUCAGAAGAAAAUAUCAACUUUACCUUCAGCUCUUCUUCUCCACCUUCCUGACAGUAUCUGAGGUUCAGGAGAGGCUCCUCAUGAUGAAGAUCUCAGGUGUAGAUCUUUCUUAAGGAUGUCCCGUGAAGCUCCUCUGACUGCAGUCAUUCCUGUUGCUUUUGCUUAUUUUCCUUUCCAGUCAACUUUCCAUUAACUCUGCUAACAGACAGCCUUCUCAGCGAUGACCAUCUGUGGCUGGUGGAGGAUGUCCAUGUUUGUCUGCUGAGCAGCUGUCAAGUCAGCGGUCCUCUUAAAGGUUUUCGUUCCAUGAUCUGAACGAGACAGAGACUCAGGGAUCUCACUCUGACUGAAUGUGAAUGCACUUGAAGGAGGACUUACAUAUUUUAAUACUUUGAUAUAGGGCUGGGCGAUGUGGGAAAAAGUUUAUCAUGAUAUAUUUUUUCACAUCAGUCAAUAUCGAUAUAUAUCACAAUAUAUAAAUUAAAAUUUAACAGUGUUUAUUGGUUGCAUGUCUUUUGCAAUAAUCUCCUGCACCUGUGAGGUCUUUGUGUCUCUUUGACGUUUUGUCGUAAGGCGUUGCUCUAGAGAAAGCCGACUGAAUGGUCGUCUGUUUCAGCUGCUCAGGCGUCAUUAGCUCCUUACUCCACUCCGUGGCGCUGCUUCAGGUGGUGAAAAAGAUUUGAGGUGUUUCCCGACUUUGUGAGAACAUGUACUCGACAUAAUUUACAGUCCACAUUACUCUGCUUCAUGUCCGACCUUAAAAACCAAAAUACCUCCACACCACCGACGUUUUCCUAACGCCAGUGUUGUGGUUGACAUUGAUGUGGUCAUCUGUUGAGCCUUCAUGGUCAUUUCUGUCGGGGGUAGCACUCAUUUUCUUUGUUUCUCACCAACAGUGCUGUCGGCUUCACCUGUUAAAGUGCUGUGGUUGGGUGGAGCUGCUGUCUGCUACGACUUUGCAGUUGGUUGAUACUUGGUUCUAAUUCAGAACAUGAUUGGUUCAGCAGAGCAACUCCCCCUUUCAUUGGCUGUUCGUAUAGUCUACCAAAACAUGGCAGAAUGCCGACUAUUGGAAAUGGAUAUUGACCAUGUUUGAUAUUGACAUUGAGGGAAAUUAAUUUUUGAUAUAUAUCAUUAUUGUUUUAUCGCCCAGCCCUACUUUGAUGUAUAUAUUUUGAAGAUGUUAUUUGAGCUAUCGGCCGUAAUCAUCAAAAAUUGAGGAUCUCAUUAUCCUCAAUCAAUCAAGAAAACAUCAGGAGUUCAUGUGUGGAAGUGACUCCUGUGACUCAAAUGAUGCACAUAAUAUCAGCUGAAUUCACCUUUGUUUGAACUUUGAUUUAAAACUUUUUAAAGUGACCUUAAAACACAUAAAGCUGCAAAUGAAAAACUGAGUUUUGUUCUUUAUAAAUCGCCUCAGAUUAUUUAAGCAUUCAAGCUUUUACUGAAGAGAAACAUAAAAAAACUGCAGACUUGGAAAAAGCAGAGAAAAACAGUUCAGCAGCAUCUUAAACAAAAGUCAGAGUUCAAGAAGCUGUAAAAUCUCUCUUUUCCCGUCUUCGCAUGUGGUGUUUGUUGUAUAAUCAACGUCUGGAGCUUGUUUAUGAAGAGCGAAUGGUGCAGCCAAACGAGGGAAGAUUACAGCUGCUGGAAGGAGAAGAAAGUGUUUUUAAAAAGAGAGAAAGCCUCAUCAGAGGAGCGAGCGUUGGUGUCUGAGAGCAAUCAGUCUGUUUUAUUGUCUUUGUGGACAUCAAGCUGAGUGCCAAUUAAACGUUGUGUUAUUGACAUCUCAGAAUCAAUUCAAUCAGCUGUCUUUGUCUCAAAGUCUAAUUCAACAGGGAUCCCAAAGUGUGGGUGCCACUGCAGGAGAGAUUAGUCUUCCUUUUGACCCACAAAAACAAAGAUAGUUUUCAUCUGCUCUCUCUCUCUCUCUCUUUUCUGCAGAGAGAAGAACUCGACUCUUUUUAACCGAGAGCGAUCUCUCCUGCCGACGCUCUUUUGCUCUUUUCUUUCAUCUAUUUCACCUCUCCUCCCUCAUUGACUUAUUAAUCCUCCAUGCUGUCAACACUCGAUUCUCCUCCUCUCUUCUCUUUGUCUGUUGCUCCACACUCGUUUAACUCAUCGCCAUCGAGCAGAUUUUCAAAGUUGCAGUUAGCAUACGGAGGCUGAUUAACGUUAAAUCCAUGUGGCGUGGAUCUCUGUGUUCGGCUAACUCGUAUUAAAGCCUGUUUAGGGUUUUGAAUACGCCGUGGGUGGAUACAUACAUGACAGGCUGAUAGAUGAGUGAGGCUGAAGCUGCAGGAACGACAACAACCAGGCAGGAGAGGAUUCAUGUGCAACUAUUCAAAUAAGACAGUGUUGUUGCUCUACUGCGUUUUAAAGACAGUAUGGAUAUAAAAGAACCAGUUAAUUUACAGGCUGCUCCAGACUUUAGGCCUGGCCCAUUUGGACACCCAGGUUUGGAGGGUUUUACAUCAGAGGAAAACGACUAAAACGUGAAGGAGUGCGUUCUGUCAGCGUCGUGUAUCACGCAGCAAAUAGGUUCCCAUUCUUAUCAAUGCAGCAUCGCAUACAGGAAGUGUAUCAGCUCCGCCGCAGCUCUGAAUCAGGAGUGUGUCGAGCACAGCUCCGAUAAAGAUAUGUGCCAAGUCUAUUUUUGCUGCUCUACACUUCGUGUCAAUCGUCACAGAUUUGAUUGUUCUGGACAGAAUGUCAGUUAAGAUGGACAACUUGGAGACAUUAUUAGGUUUAAGAGACAUGUACAGCUGAAUGUCAUCUGCAUAUAAGUGAUAAGAUACUCCUUCAAAAGCUCUUAUCAGAUAACCCAGAGGGAAAGGGCUGCGCGAUAUACAGAAAAUUUACAAAUACCGAAAUUUACGACGAUAAUCGACGUCAUUUUGCCCGUAUCGGUAUAUUCAGUUCCAAAAAAAUAAAUAAAUCAAAGUUGUUUUUGGAUGUGUGUAGGUAGGCUAUGGUCUCAUGUCCCUUUAAGACACUGUCCUACGUCAGAGACGUGACUCCAGGUGAGGAGAUGGAGGACGGUUCAAAAGUUGGAGCGGCUGAAGUAGACGAAGUUAAUGUGGGAGGGGGUGAGCAGCUUGUGGAGUAGUUAUCGUCCAGUUAUCGUUAUCGAAGUGAACUGAUCAAUAUAUUGUGAUAUUGAUUUAAGGCUAUAUCACCCAGCCCUACAGAGGGAGCAUGUACAGGGAAAACAACAGAAAGCCCAGGACAGAACCUUGUGGGACCCCACAAGACAGGAGACAGGGUCCCAACUGCAGAGACAUAUUUACCAGAAAUAACUGAAAAAGAUCAUCCAGACAAAUCGGAGGAAAACCGGUCUAAUGCUGUUCCAGAGACACCCGCCCACUGUCUGAGCCGCUGGAUUAAGACGCUGUCCUCCACGGUAUCGAAGGCUCCUCUGAGUUACUCCUCAGUUAUAAACGCCAGAGGUUCGAUUUAGGUUUAAACGUAAAUCAGCUCGUUCAAACCUUACACAAUCAAGUUAAGCUUAGUUUCCUGGAAUAAAAUCAGGGCCAGCAGCUGAAGCAAGGAAGACCAGACUUCCCUCUCCCACUUUGUCCAGUUCUUCUCAGAAGACCCCGAGGUUUUCCCAGUCCAGUUCAUGACAUGAGUUACUGCUAAGUUCUCAUUUAUGCAGAAAAAAUCACAGCGAGACUGAAGGAGAAUCAGAAAGUCAACAAGCCCUGAGGUUCCUGUCAUCAAGUUACACAGAAUAAUAUUACUGAUGAUGAAGUUUGUCUGCCAGACAGAAGUAUUUUAUUUAAACUGCUUUGAAACAGUUCAAUCCUGCAGACACUCGAUAUAAUGACACUAAUGAUGUUUGAAGCUGCUGUGAAGUUUUUGUAUUUUUAUGAAAUCGACUGAAAUUCAGAGUUCUGCCUCUUUAUGCUUUAUAAAAGAAAAGAGGAAAAUCAGGGACUGAGGAUUUUUAUCUUCUCAUAUUUUAUGAAUGAAACUGAUUACUCACUUUUUCUAAGAACCAAAACACAAAUUUAACUGAUAAAUACAGUCUACAGCAAAACAGACGAUUAGUCAUAUUUCAGAUCUGAUAACCAAUACAAACAAAACUUUAUUUGAUGUAUUUUCAUUUUGUAGUUUGACCCAAAUUCAGUUUGUUAACAUACAGGAUAAUGAGCUAUUCUAUAGUCAGUCAGCAGGGGGCGCUCUAAAGGUCGUUACACACACCGGAUCUUAACUUCUGCAGAGUGAAAAAGCGACAGUAAGUUUUUCGACCCUUUAGCGAAUUUUGCGAACAUUCGCAGGCGAACUGCGAUAUAAAUCUGUAGCCUGAUAUAAACCGUAUCGCAGACAUCGGCUCUCUGUCCUCUCCCUCUGCAAACGUGGAGUCAGCUGAUGGAGCAGUUCUUGAGGGACAUUCUGAAUGAUUGUCAGAAUUUUUUGGGAUACAAUUUGAGCUCCAAGAUCGUUGCGUGGAGCUCCCCCAUCUCCUGUCCCAGGUUCACUAUUGGAUGUACGCAGAAACUUUUCGUUAUUUAAUUGGCUUACAACCACGACCAGGUCAUCAUCACUUGAGGAUGUCGUCGCCAUUGUUUCUCCUUCUUCUCUCUCCCCCUCUGUUCUCCUGUGGUGUAUUUUUAUGCAAAUAUGUGAAUUUUAUUCACGUCGCACCAGGUGUUUAUAGGAAAAGUCGUAAGCCAAAUAUUUUGCAUUUUCACGUCCCUUCGCUUAUUUUCCGUUGUGUAACAACCUUAAAUCCUGCAUUUACUUAAUUUUUUUGGACAGCUAGUCUGACCUUCUACAAACUAUUUCAUCAGAAAAAUCAAGCGUGAACUUUUUCGUGGGCAGUUGAGUCUCAACUCUGCAAACUUAUAACAGAACUUACUAAAGUACAACCGAGGUGCAACCGAGAGCGUGAGCUGCAUACGAGGAGCAUUCAGGAUCGAUUCCACACAGCUCACUUGUAACCCUGAAUUAAACAUCUUUUCAAUCAACAUUAAACCCAAACGUAUGGUUUAGUAAGAGUGGAUCGCUUUUCUACCAAAACAGCAUCUCUUCACAAUCCAGAAUCUCCCCUGUGGAGAUGAUGCUCAGUGGGACACUUUAGUAAGAAGCUCCUUACUGUCACUGUGUGGAUCUGCAUGACCAGGUGAAGGUGACAUGUAGUGUUAAAAUGCUGCAUCACACAUUUACAUCUUUUUCAUGGUUGAAGAAAAACAGAUUUUUAAAGCAGACCUUUUCACCGUUGAGCAUCUCUCCUGUUCAAAUCAAACUCUUGCAUAUUUCCUCUGCAGUAUGUGCAGAAAUCUAAACCUUGACAGGCCUGCUGUGCAUAGUUCUGGUUGCUAGGUUAUGAGGAGGCAUCCGCUGUUCUUGUGAGAAGUUGAGCCGGGUUAAAUACCCGGGGUUUGCCUUUACAGAUGUCUGGAUUUCAGGGGCUGUUAGGCAGAAAAAAGAGACAUGAACAGGGACAGAGUUAAAGCCGAUGUUCCGGUACAGUGUCGGUGAAAUCAACAGGAGAUCAUGACGGGCUUCUCUGCAUAAAUGACAGCUGAACAGAAGUGAAUUUAACACUUUUAGGGUUCAUUUAAAUUCAGUUCAGCUUAGGUGAAUAAAAGCUUAGGUGAAAUCUAGUGAUAAACAAAUGGAUAAACUGUAGAAAACAACUACAAAAAAUCUCUAAAAAGAUGUUAGAGUAAGAUUUUAAAAAUCUGUUAAAUAUUAAAUGUCAGCCCUGACGAGUGUUUUAUAAUCUAACUGCAGACAAGAUAAACAUACAGGUGAAUGUGAGAGGUAAAAAUAACUUUUAUUUAUAAUGCACCUUAAACAGGUUCAGGGGCGUGCAGACGGCAAAGUUGUUUAGAGCGCCCCAAGAAUGGGAAACACGGUCCCCCAAUGUGCUGCAGGACCCCCUAACUCCCCACAUUUCACCCUCUACUACCAAUAAAAAGACAAAAUCACCCAAAAUAAAUACUUUAAAAAAACAAAACAAACUAAAACAAAAAUACUUGGGUUCACAAGGUGCUCUGUACGACAGGACACAUUAAGAAAAAAAAUUAAGACUUUAAGAUUAAAGUUAUUUUUUACGAGCGUUUUUCAACAGCGCUGAUUUUAACAACUCUCCUCUAAAACAGCAGCUUAGAAAAGCUAUUAGCUACAACUUUAUUCUCAUAAAUGAACAACUUUUUUCUCAUAAAUUAACGACUAAAUUCUCAAAAAAUUAAAGACCUUUAUUCUCAAAAAAUUUGCGACUUUAUUCUUAUAAAUUAAAUAGUUUUUUCUCAUAAAUCAACAACUUUAUUCUCAUAAAUUAACAACUUUUUUCUCCAAAUCUUACUCCAUCGUAGCUUUGACAUACAGAAGCAAAUAUCAGAAAACAUUAAGGAUGCAAACACAGAAAGAAGCCGAUCAAAUGUGCCCAUUAUUACAGAAACACAACAAUAAUUUAGUCCAUCAUUAUAGGAAACCAGAGGAACCUUUGAGAGCCCGUGAGAACCCGGGAACACAAGAACCCAAGAACAUGAGCCGAGACCAAACGGACCGAGGAAUUAAUGUGAUUAAAGUUUAAAAAAAGAAAGGAAACAACAAUUAAGUGGAUCUAAAAACGAUUAAAUAAAGUAUAAAGCAGCAGAAGAAGCUGAUGUAACAGGCUGGGGUCAAACAUAUUGUCACAGUAUUCUAGUAUUUACGGUAAUCGUCGUUAUUUAUUUAUCAAACAUGGAUGUCAUGAUUAAUAUUAUAGACUUUUAUGCACAUUUAUACUACGUUGCUCCACCCUGUUCUAUGUCACUUCCUGUGCAGUUUUAAAUCUCAGGUUUAAUGUAGUUAUGGUGAUAUUUUAUUAAGGUGAACAUCUGAAAUCUCUGCAGCUCUAAUAUGGAUUCAUGGUUUGGAGAUCAGGAGGUAAAAAACAAGUUCAAACAGGAAGAAGGUCAGAAGGUCUGAGUGAGUUUCCUCAUCUGUACCUGUUUCUGUCUUUCUGUCUCCGCCUCUCUCCGUCAGGUGUGGUCGAUGGACGGCUACUACAAGGGCAGGCGUGUGCUGGAGUACAGAACCAUGGGAGAUUUCACCAAAGGGCAGAACUUUGUGCAGCACCUGUUGCCCCACCCCUGGGCAGGAACCGGCCACGUGGUCUACAACGGGUCCCUCUACUACAACAAACACCAGAGCAACAUCCUGGUGAGAGGCUGAGAGGGACGCCAACAACACAGGGGAGGUUAAUCUAUCAGAUAAACAGAGUAAAAAGUGUGUGUGUGUGUGCAUGCGUGUGUGUGUGUUCCAGGUUCAGUACCAUUUCCGCUCUCGUAGCGUCCUGCUGCAGCGCAGUCUGAGUGGAGCUGGAUACAACAACACGUUUCCCUACAGCUGGGGAGGAUCGUCUGACAUCGACCUCAUGGCUGAUGAAAUGGGACUGUGGGCCGUCUACACCUCCAUCCCCAACGCCGGGAACAUAAUGGUACAGGCUUUUGUUUUGGGUACAAAUUGAAAGUGCACUCACAGACACACACACACACACACACACAGACACAUCAAAUGGAUGGAGAUAUUUAAAGCUCGGUGACUUUAAAGAGACACAGCGCCCGAGAGCUGGCGGACAAACUCAGUAAUGAUGGCUCAGUAUCAAAAGGAUUGUUGGCGUUCCUCCUCUGCAAGAGCUGCUUAUUUAUAAUCUGUCAUAUAUGCCCAUACAGAUACAUCUACAGUGGGACGGAUCAUUAUUUAAAAUCGUUACAAAAGUUAAAAUCUUGGAGCCGGACUCAUCAGUCAGCUCAGAUUGUGUUUGCUCUGGCAGACGUUCGGUCGGUCAGGUGGAUGACCUUUAGUAUCCUGAAUCCUGGAGGAGCUUCACUCUGACAGCUCACUGUACCAGGACCCUGUUUGUCCUCAUUCCUCUCACAUUUUCUUUCACAUUCAGAAAAAUAAAACCUGAUAAAUUAACUCCUUGAAUAAUAUCUGGAGCCUGCAGGUGAAUGCUGAGGAGGAGGAGGUUGAGAAGUUAUGAGCACGGCGGUACAAGGCAGCUGUGGCAGUGACAGAGCACAGCCGGAGACCUGAAAUCUUGUCGCUUUAAUAGACCGCCAAAUUGGGAGGAAAUGUUUGUCAUGGGAUUGUGAGAAUGAUGCAUGGCAAAUGUGAAAUCAGUGCAGCUGGAGUGUGCCAAAACAGCUCCCAGGCAUCGCUCCAUCUACGGCGUUACCGUUUACUGUCGGAUUGGCUGUUAGACAUAGUGGUAGUAGAAGCAUUGAGCUGAAUGGAAAAAUGUACGCCAGCAUUUUGUUCUGAAUAUAAUCCUGCAGGAGACGAUGAAGAAUGAAGAGGAGGGGUAAUAUAAUAUAACACAUGAGAGAUCAGAUCAGGUAUCAAAACAAUCUUUAUGAUAAUGAACAGUAAUCGUACAAGGUUAUUAUCAAAAGUAAUAUUUAGUAAAUCAAUGAAUUGCAGCUCUACUUCUUCUCCUGCAGAACAGACGCUGUUGUUAUUUAAUGUUUGGUGGGUUUGAGCCACAAUGGCCGCCACUGAACAUGCAAACUCCACAAAGGAGUAUUUCUCUAACAAACCUGACGGACGUUCAUCCUAAAGGAAUAAAAUCAGAAAUUCAAUAAGAAAUUAAAGAUUUUCAAUAGAAGAAGGGAGGUUAUACAUGGAAGGGAGAAGUACAGUAGGAAUAUGAAUUAUCUAAUGAUUUAUUCUUAAAUUAUCAUUACUAUAUCCCACCACAUUUAUUUAUUUAUUUAUUUAUUUUAUCUUUAAAUUUUUUUUUAUUUUUUUAUUUAUUUAUCUACUUAUUUUUUAUUUGUAUUAUUUUAUAUAAUAAAUUUAUUUCUUAUUUUGUUAUUUAUUUUUCUACAUAUUUUUAAUAUACUUAUUAUUUUAUAUAUUAUUUUUUUAUUAUUUUUUUUAUUAUUUAUCUACUUAUUUUUACUAUAUUUAUUAUUUUAUACAAUAAAUUUAUUUAUUAUUCCUUUAUUUAUUUAUCUACUUUUUUAUUUAUUUAUUUUAUUUUGUUUUUUAUUUUUCUUUGUUCUAUUAUUUAAUAAUAAUUAUUUUAUUAUUGUAAUUAUUAUGUCAUUUCGCUCACUUUUUCUUCUUUUAUUUUCUCUCCACAAUUAUUACAAUUUAAACAAAGGAAAAACGAGGGACAAUCACACCACAAACACACACACUCCUCAACACAUAAAAACACACUCGCUUAUUUAAACACAGCCUUACAACACCUUCAAACUUAAAUCAUCUAAAUGUUGUGUGUCCCUGCUUUACUGUCACUGUGUAUACGUUGUCAACCACUCAUCAUGAUCUGUCUAAUAAAAAAAAAAGACAAAUACGUUCAUCCCAAUUACAAAUAAUAUAUAUCAGAUAAAUAAUUACCCUGAGCCAAAAACUCUGAAGGUUGUAUGAAAUGAGUUGAACUCUUUUAUCGCUUUUUGUCUCUAAACACUUUCGUUUAGUGACUUUUUGGUAUGCGCCUCGGCACCAUCCCCUCAGGAAACAAACACUGAACUGAGAGCUUCGCAGUGAAUCACAAUGUCAUGUAAACAAACGAUCCUUUCUCACACUUUCUUAGUCGGAGGAAAACCGAGGUGUUGUAGCAACACUUUCACGAUAUUUUGACGAAGCUUACACGGGAAAUCCGACACUCUCCGGUUAAUAUGAAGUUUAAAUAAAAGGUUUUUGUUAGUGCUGGACGAUUUAUCGAAUUUUAAUCAUGAUUUUGUCAUUUCAUGAUCAUAAAAACAUUCUAAGCAAAGCGGAACCAUCAAUGCGCCACACAGGGAUCAUAAAAUCAAGACUUUAAACUUCGUUGUCUCAGUGGCGUCUCUCUGAGGACUCUUCCUUUCUGCUUCCAGGUGAGUCGCCUCGACCCUCGCUCGCUGGACGUCCUGCAGAGCUGGGACACGGGGUUUCCUAAGCGCAGUGCGGGGGAGGCGUUCAUGAUCUGCGGCACCCUAUACGUCACCAACUCCCACCUAGCCGGGGCCAAGGUCCACUUCGCCUACAACACCAACACCUCCACAUACGAGUACACCGACAUCCCCUUCCACAACCAGUACUCCCACAUCAGCAUGAUGGACUACAACCCCCGAGAGCGAGCGCUGUACGCCUGGAACAACGGACACCAGGUGCUCUACAACGUCACACUGUUUCACGUCAUUCGGAGCGACGGAUAGAUCCGCACGUAGGAUAAGGUAAAAUAAGUAAAUAAGAGAGCUGUAAAGAGAUUUUAACGGGACUUCAACUCACACAAAAAUGUUUAUUCACGCCAACAGGAAAACAAAAACUGUCCGUGUCUGAAUCUGAAUGACGUCUGGACGCUCAUAGCUAGACACAAACCACAUUUGCUGAAGCUGAAUUAACCAUUUUCUGUUCUCUUUUACUCCACUCGUGUCUCAAGAAGUGAUUUGGAAAGGUGAGGUUUAGUUAUUUAAAGAAAAAUAAAAUAAAAAAAGGAGCUCGGAUUAAACUGGACCUGAUGGAGGGAUUCUGGGUUUGUGAUGUGAUCGUGGACGUGUGAAGUCAGCAUGGUUGUUCAUCCAAUAAAAACAUUUCUGUCAAACUUUGUCAGGACUGUCG